UGCUGCUGAACGCGGCGGACCGGGCCUCCGGGAGGCUGAGCGGCGGCAGUACCGGCGCCGGCAGCCUCGUCAGUCGUACGGCGGCCACGGAGGGGACGUGCCGGGGCGAACGCCGCUCGGCAAACGCUUCCGAAGCGGGAGGACCACACCGGCGUCGCGGCCUCUCUGCAGCCGGCGCUCGGGGGCUGGGACUGUCCGGCCCGGCCGGUUCUGCGGGCGCCCGGGAGGCCUCCGAGGGGCCCGGGAAGCCAGGCUGCAGCGAGGCGUUGAUGAAAAAGGAUGACAGUGAAGUUGGGAGACGGCGGCAGCGGGGAGGAAGGGCUCAAGAGGCUGGGCAAGAGGUCGGCCGAUGAGGACGCGCUGGAAGGAGAGGGCGCCGGCGGCGGGGACGCGGCCGAGGAGAGCGGCGGCACAAAGAGGGACGGCAAGACCCCCCGGGACGGCGGCGACGGGCCCCCGGCCCCCUCGGGCGGCCCGCAGGCCCCGUCCCCGCCGCCCGCCUGCCCCCAGGACCAGCACCACUUCCUCAGGUCCAGCGUGAGGCCGCAGAGCAAGAGGCUCAGGAAGGACUCGUCCUGCGCCGGGGGGAGCAGCAGCGCCGGCAGCUCGGGGCCCCGCGGCAAAGGAGCCGACGGGGGUGGAUCGUCGUCUGGAAAUGGCUCUGGAGUUGCCCCCGCCACCCCUGCAGGGGGCUCUCGCUCCUCCUCCCGGAACUUAGGGUCUUCAGGCGCUGAGAAGGAAGAGGGCAAGAAGGUGCGGCGGCAGUGGGAGUCGUGGAGCACCGAGGACAAGAAUACUUUCUUCGAGGGGCUGUACGAGCACGGGAAAGACUUUGAAGCGAUUCAGAACAACAUUGCUCUGAAGUACAAGAAGAAAGGCAAGCCUGCGAGCAUGGUGAAGAACAAGGAGCAGGUCCGCCACUUCUACUACCGCACGUGGCACAAGAUCACCAAGUACAUUGACUUUGACAACGUGUUCUCUCGCGGGCUGAAGAAGUCAUCCCAGGAGCUGUAUGGCCUGAUCUGCUACGGCGAGCUGCGGAAGAAGAUCGGGGGCUGUAUGGAUGACAAGAACGCGACCAAGUUGAACGAGCUCAUUCAGGUGGGGGCCACCACGGUACGCUACAAAGGGAGAAACCUGCGGAUCAAAGCCCCCAUGUGCCGAGCCCUGAAGAAGCUCUGUGACCCAGAUGGCUUGAGUGACGAAGAGGACCAGAAACCAGUGCGCCUGCCCCUGAAAGUCCCAGUAGAGCUGCAGCCGCGGAACAACCAUGCCUGGGCCCGAGUGCAGAGGCUGGCCCAGAACCCGAGGCUCAGGAUGAUCGUGGAGCUCCAUCGAAAGGUCUCCAGCCUCAUCGAGUUCUUGAAGCAGAAGUGGGCACUCCAUGAAGUGCGAAUUAGGAAGACACUUGAGGAGCGGCAGCUACAGGACUCGUUCACAGAGCCGUUGCAGGAGAAGGUGGCGCUGCACCUCUUCCCAGGAGAGAACUGCACGCUGACGCCGCUGCCUGGAGUGGCCCGCGUGGUGCACUCCAAGGCCUUCUGCACGGUGCACUGGCAGGAGGGCGGCCGGUGCAAGCAGAGUGCCAAGGAUGCCCACACGCUGCCUCCAGCCCAGAUCCUGGGCAUCCAGAGCGGGCAGGGCACAGCCAGAGGCCAGGUCAAGUGUCCACGGGGUGGCGCUGAGGGCAGGGUCGGGGGACGGCCCCCUCCCUCCACCGAUGCUUCGCAGAGCUCUGGAGAGAGUUCUCCUGAAAGUGCCCCUGGGGAGGGUGCUGUUCCGAGCCUCAGCAGCCCAGAGGCUCCUGACAGGCUUCCCUCUGGGGCCCAGGACACUGGGGGACGGCUUGAGAAGACCCCUGUGGUCACUCCUGCAGAGGGAGGGGACGGCCCUGCCCAAGAGCCCGGGGCUGUGACAUGUGCCUGCAGCCAGCUCCCAGAGCUGGAGGAUGAGCUAUCCCUCCUGGACCCCUUCCCCCGCUACAUGAAGUCCUGUCAGGACCUCAUCAUCCCCGAGCAGUGCCGCUGCGCGGACUCACGGCCCUCGGGACGCGCCUCCCCAGAGACUCGUGUCCCCAGCAGUGCGGAUACGGGCGACCUAGCCCGGGCCAGGGCACCGUCCCCCAUCCGCGCCCCGCCUGGCCCAGAGCCUCAGCCCAGCCCCGGGCUCCAGCCGGAUGUUUGCACUAAAGACUCGGCAGAUGCACCUGUAGAGGAGCCCCAGGAGCAGGUGAGCUCCUCAGACCCUCCGCCACCUCAGGGACAGCCUGCUGCCAGGCCUCUGAAGGAUGUCCCUGCCAGCCGGCUGGCCCAGCAGCUCCGUGAGGAGGGCUGGAACCUACAGACCUCCGAAAGCCUCACGCUGGCCGAAGUCUACCUCAUGAUGGGCAAGCCGAACAAGCUGCAGUUGGAAUAUGACUGGCUGGCUGUGCUGGGCCCAGAGGGCCAGGCCCCUGGCGGGCAGGCCCAGGGCCCCCGCACCGGCUCCCCACCCACCACCCUCCACAAGCAGCGCCUCCUCAGCUGCCUCCUGAAGCUCAUCUCUACCGAAGUCAACCCCAGGCUGGCUCCAGAAGCGAGCGCCGGCUCCAUGGCUUCAGUGCGGCCCACCCAGGAGGAGCAGUCGACGACCCCCCCAGGCAAGGUGGUGACCAUCAGCUCCCGGAGCCCCCGCUGCCCUCGAAACCAGUCUGCCCUUCGCAACGGCAAGACCUUCUCCCCCAACUCGGCAGCUUGCUCCUCAGGUUUGAGAAACCCUCCAAGACCCCUCUUGGUGGCCGGUCCCUCCAGUACAGGAAGCAGUGACUCAGAUGGCGGCCUUUUUGCUGUCCCAACAACUCUGCCACCCAACAGCCGACACGGGAAGCUCUUCUCUCCCAGUAAAGAAACAGAAUUGACUUUCCGUCAGCAUCUGAACUCCAUCAGCAUGCAGUCGGAUUUCUUCUUGCCAAAGCCCAGAAAGUUGAGGAACCGGCACCUGCGGAAACCGUUGGUGGUCCAGAGAACACUGCUUCCUAGACCGUCUGAAAACCAGUCCCAUAAUGUCUGCUCCUUCUCCAUCCUGUCGAAUUCCUCCGUAACUGGGAGAGGCUCGUUCCGGCCCAUCCAGUCCUCCCUGACCAAAGCAGCUCUGUCUCGGCCAAUCGUGCCCAAGGUCCUUCCACCCCAGACUACAGGCCACCUGGCCAGCGCUAUCGACUUAGCAGCUCAGAGUGCCGGCAUCAUCCCUGGGAGCCCCCUGCCUGUCCUGGACGCCGAGGGUCUGCCUGGCAUCUCUCCACUGUCUGCAGAUGAGGUCACAGCUGCUGCCUCGGGGCAGGACUCCACUGGAAACCACCCCAACGGAGACCCCCUCCCCGCCGUGCGGGGCACGAGCGACCCAUUCAUCAGUGUCGCCUCAAGGCCUGAGCAGGAGCCGGUGACGGACGGUUUCCAGGGUUCGCCUGUUCUCUCCUUAUCUGAGCUGUCCAAGCCUCCUCUCCACAACGGGCUCUCCACACCUCUGCCCUCGUCGGAGGGCUCCAGCACCCGGCUCUCUCCGCCCAACGUCUCUGCUCUGCUGGACAUUUCCCUGCCUGGCCCCCCCGAGGACGUGCUCUCACAGGGGGAGCCUGCCACGCAGAUCAGUGACUCCAUCAUCGAGAUUGCCAUCAGCUCUGGCCAGUAUGGUGAAGGAGUCCCUCUUUCUCCAGCAAAACUGAAUGGCAGUGACAGUUCCAAGAGUCUUCCCUCCCCGUCCAGCAGCCCCCAGCCAGACUGGAUUGCCUCCCCCACCCACGACCCCCAGUGGUGCCCCAGUGACCCCACGGACUCGUCGCUCAGCAGCUUGUUUGCGAGCUUCAUCUCCCCAGAGAAGAGCCGGAAGAUGUUGCCAACUCCCGUCGGGACCAACAGUGGCACCUCCCUGCUGGGCCCCAGCCUGCUGGAUGGAAACUCACGAGACUCAUUUGUGUCCAGGUCCCUGGCCGAUGUCGCAGAGGUCGUGGAUUCCCAGCUGGUGUGUAUGAUGAAUGAAAACAGCAUUGAUUACAUAUCUCGGUUCAACGAUUUGGCCCAAGAACUGUCCAUCGCCGAGCCCAGCCGCCGAGAGGUUCUGUUUGAUGGUGGUGGAAGUGGCCCUCCCGUUGGCGACCUAUCCCAGUGACUGCACCUGGUGGCGGGGCACCCUGGAGGCUGCAGAGGAGGGCCUGCAGGGCUGGUGGUCCUCACCCGCGGUAGGUGUAGCCCUCUUCAGACUAGAGAAAACAUACGUCAAGGCCAGGACCCCCAAAAGACGGUCUGAACAGAGGCACCUCUGCACCCCAGAGUGCACCACAAGCAGGAAGCCGUGUCCCAAAGGGCAGAGGACAGUGGUGGCCCAGGAGAUGAGGACAAGUUCUCUGGAAGGGCUAACGUCAGACAUUGCUGUGGCGUUGGAGCAGUUCCCCGCCACUUGUGGGGUCUCGCGUUAGGGUCUGCGUAGCAACCACAUCUCCCAUGCUCUUGCCUCGCUUGUUGUGUUGGACAUUCCAGUGGGUUUUCUUUCCGAGAGAAAGGAGUAGGUGUGUCUCACCAGAGUCGUUCCGUCCUGGGGAGUUGUGAUCUCCUGGUCUGUGCUCCUGCCCUGCUGGGAGGCUCCAGCCACUGCUGCUUUCUUUCUGCCAAACCUAUGGCAUGCUUUGGUUGCUUUCUCUGCAGAGUGAUGACAGGGGAGGGCAGCCAGGCAUGGCCUGGCUCUGCCUGGUGGUGUCUGCACCCUGAGACAGCAGAGACUUCAGAGGACACUCUGAUCACAGGCAGCAGAGGGGUCCCAGGACAGUGUACCCAGUGCCAUCAUCCCAGAAAUACCGAUCCUUGCCUAGUGCCUCCCUCAUCUAGAGGUUUGUUCUGACUGACUGAACAGGAAGGGGAAAAGAAUCACAUCUUAUGCCGGUUGUGUGGACUUUUAGAAAAAAUCCUGUUAAGCAUGUUGGAAAAUGCUUUUCUUGUGUUUUAAGAACUAGGAGCCAUCGAAGAGGAAGAGCAGAGUUUAGCUGGUUUCUUUCCUGCGUCCAUCCGCAGGUUGCUUCUAGGUGUUAGUUCUCUCUACCAGGAUGAUGCCUAAGCACUUGUUUGACUACAGAUAAGACUUCCUGUGAGUUUUGCAGUCCUGGUGUGUUGCUGAUUGGCGUCUGAGCUCGGUGGCCUCUGUGGGGAAGGUUCCUCUGUUCAGUCCCCUCUUAUGUCAUCAGCAUUGGUGCAGUGUACGCCCCAACGGGUCGACGUAAUCUCUCGCGCCUGCUUUUGCCCAUGAUCCUGUUUCUCCUCUUCUUGUUCAGGGGAUCCAGGCAGGGGUCACACAUCUGGGUGCAGUCAGGGUGCACUAAAAGCACGUCUCUCUACCGUGCCCCCUGUGCCUCCUUGGAUGACCAACUGUCACCACUGCAGAUGCUCCGACGUCCAGUCUUUGCCCAGAACGGAGCUGAUGAGGCUCCUUUGCCUUCUCAGUCUCGGGAGGCUCAGCACACAGUCACCGUCCAGCCACGUCCAGCCUGCCGCCUCACCCUCCACCCUGCGGCCAGGACCCAUUUGGCUUCUGUAACUCACCUGACCUGACCACUGUUCUGUUGCUCACCUCUCGUCUUCCCCGAUGGGCAGUGGAGCGGCAGCCCUCUCCACAGGCUUCUCUCUCUAUCCACACUGAAGAGCUGAAAAGGGCCAGUGUGAAAAGGGGGAGAAAAGGUCUUUUUCGUGUAUAAGCAGAGUGGACGCUCUUGAUCCUGUCGUCUCACCAGCCAGUUGCAGCCACUCUAGGCUGUAGACAGGGUCAUUCACUCCAAGCCGUAGGAGGAAACAGGACAGUCAGCUUCCCGGCACUAGUUUCCUUCCUUUGUCCCAAGUGCUUCUCAUAGCUCUCGCCUGUUGCUUCCCUCUUUAAGAUCCGGUUCCAGGCACAAACAUCACUAACAAAGGCUUGUGUGGGUAGUUCCUCUGGGCUCUUAAGAAAAGUCCCAAAGCUCUGGAGAUGUGAAAGAAAGGGACAUUGUGCCACUUUAUUAAGAGAUGUAGACAGCAUUGUUUGAACCAGAGUAUUUUUAAACUAGCUUGUGUUUUGUGAUCAGUGUAUCAGCUUCCUGAAAUUAGCACUUUAUUGAGCUAAACAAGAUCAGUAGAUCUCUCUCUGGGCAUCUCGCUUUCUUAGGUCUAUAGUAGGCGAGGACACCAGGCCAAGUUUAGGCCACUACUUGCUUUCUCAUAUUCCUCCCGUCUGGGACCAGAGAUGCCAAGUAACAUGAGAACAUUGAUGCUGGGAGCAAUGCCCAAUGGCAGUGUGCACUGUGCCAGAGACAGUAGGGGUCCUGAGCUGCUUGUCCAUCAGGAGACACCCCACGGCAGUCUAGCAGGUAGGUUGGCACUGCUACCCAGUGACAUCUGAAAAGAGGAAAACGGGAGAUGCGGGUGAGCUUCUGUAGGCUAUUUAGCAGCACCUCCCUCUUGGGUCUCUGACAUUGACUGCAUUUGGGAGCAUCUGACUGUGGCCAUUGUCAUCCAGUGAGGAGGUGGGUUAGGGAGGAGAGUGGGCUGGCUCUUCUCAUCUGUAAUAAAGCUGACACAAUUCCAGAAAAUUCUGUUGCUUUUCAAGCAACCAGAUAGGUAUAGGCAUUUGCUUGCAACAUUAAGGGAGAAUGGUGUCAUUUGUGGCAUUAAAAUUCUGAAUGCAUUUUCUCCCAGCCUAAAUGAAUAGAUAGAUAUAAAAUAAGCAGCUGUUAAAGGCCGAGAUUUUCAAGAGACCCAAGCAGAGAAGCCUCCCAUUUCUUGCAUCUUCCUCUGCUUCCGAGUGAAGGCUGUGAUAAUCCCAGUGUGCACCUGUAGCUUCCUUUGUGCGUUUGAGCAUGUUGUGAUUAAGAUCAGAUCAGUUUCUCAGAAACCUCUUUCUGUCGCCACUCUAAUGUUAUCUGGGAUCUUUUUUGCUGAUUCAUCUUUUUAAAGAUUGAGUAUCUCUGGUCUCCAGAGAGUUGGUAUUUUGGCCUUGGUUGUUUAUUGUGAAUAUCCAGUGUGGAGCAUUCCAUUCUCCAGAAGACUGCAGAGGUAAAUUGAAGUUCAUGAUUCCACAUAAGGUCCGUGAUGACAUAUUUCUCAUCUCUUGGUAUCUUCUAGGUAGGGUACUCACUCAGGGAGUGGGAAUAUUUGAAAACAUUUCAUCAGUUGAUCUGCUCGCUCUCGCACAUCUCCAGGUCCUUAGCCUCAGAGGCUCAUUCUCUGUCAUUGUGUACCAUGGCCUCAUUCCUGGUGGGGGCCUAUCACUUUAAUAGCAUCUUUAGCUCAAUCACACCAUUGAAUCCACACUUACUGUGCAAAGAAAAGUCAUGGAAUAAAAGACACUGGAAACAAGUGGAGGAGGAAAACAGCAGUUGCUUUUUUUUUUUUUUAAGACAUUGAGAUUAGAUGCAUUUGUGAAGAAAAAAGGGCACUUUGUCUUAAGAAAAAAAAAGGAAAGAAACCCACAGCAAACCUUUCCAACUGUCAGAACUCUCCUGACCCUGCAGUAAUUGUGUCAUGUUAAGUGAGCCAUCUUGGAAGCACUACAGCAGCCUGUGCCCUUCGCUCUGUCACAGGACGGCUGGCUCUAGAGCUUAUGGGCAGCAGAACUCAUUGCUGUUUCCUUUAAUAAUCGUUAAGCCAUAUCAUCCAAGGUUUUCGGCUUGUUUGAGAUGUGAAUUUGUUUUAUAGAUUAUAAAUAUACAUAUACAGAAUAUGUAUAAAGCAGAAUGCCUGUCCUUCCUGAUUAUUUUUUGUACCAUAUUGUAAAUUAUAUUAUUUAUUCUUUACCAAUUUUGGGAAUAAAAGGUGUUUUGGUUAUUUAAUAUAAUAAACAAAAGCUGUUAAACUUCUUAUGUUUAAAUUUCCAGUUCAACUUGUAAAUCUGUUUUUAUUAUUGUGCAUAAAUACAUACUAAUACUUG